AGAGCAUCCUCUCUACUCUCCCUCAAACUCUGAGAAACAGAAAAUCAAAAUAGAAGAUCAUCGAAAAUAAAGAAAGCAAGUAAGCUUCCAACACUCGGCAGCAUUUUUGAAUUCUGUAAUUGGAUGAGGGUUACUAACCUGAAAUAACUCAACCAAUCUCCAUCGUUGGACGCACAUAAGAAACGAAACUAGAGCCAGGGAUCCGAAUUUCAAACACGAAGAUCUAAAUGACGGAUCCGAAUCUGGAUCUGCAAGAAUCGGGUUGGGAGGAACUCAGGAGAGAGGCUCGAAAGAUCGAGGGUGAUCUCGAUGUCAAACUCUCUUCUUAUGCUAAGCUCGGUGCUAGGUUCACCCAAGGAGAUACUGGGUCGCCAACCGUUGGGUCAAGUAGAUCAUGGAAGUCUAUGGAAAUGGAAAUUCAGUCAUUGCUCGAGAAACUGCUGGACAUAAAUGAUGCCAUGAGCAGAUGUGCUGCGUCUGCUGCUUCAACUACUUCAGUAACCCAGAAGCUUGCAAGGCAUAGAGACAUACUACAUGAGUUUACUCAGGAGUUUAGAAGAAUCAAAGGAAACAUAAAUUCAAUGAGGGAACACGCGGAGCUUCUGAGUUCUGUCAGAGAUGAUAUUAAUGAGUAUAAGGCAUCUGGGAGUAUGUCACCGAGAAUGCAAUUACUCAGAGAGCGAGCUGCCAUCCAUGGAAGCAUAGCUCAUAUAGAUGAUGUGAUCAAUCAAGCUCAAACGACAAGAGCAGUUUUGGGCUCUCAAAGAGCUUUGUUUGGAGAUGUUCAAGGGAAAGUAAAAGUUUUAAGUGACAAGUUCCCUGUUAUCCGUGGCUUGCUUGGUUCCAUCAGAAGGAGGCGUUCAAGGGACACUCUUAUUCUGUCAGCAGUAAUUGCUGCUUGUACGUUGUUCCUUAUUAUUUAUUGGCUCUCAAAGUAACUAGGGAUGUAAUUCAUAUUAAUAUACAAAUGUUGAAAGCUGCUGUGUUUCGCUAAGAGAUUUUUGCUUAUAAAUUGGUAGAACAGAUCACAUUCUGUUUAAGUUUGUGGUACCUCCUUUUUGGUGCCAUUACGCAGAAAAUCUCAUUUUGUUUCA